AGUUUGAAGGGGUUUCUGGGUGUUUUUCUGUACUUGGGAUAACGGAGUGAAUCAUCUGCAUGCCGCGCCCACUUCAAUUCUGACGCACACUUUCACUGUUGAAGGGAGGAUGCUGGUGGAAAAAAAAAAACGUGCUUUGACUUGCUCAAUUUUUUUCCCGGGAAAUUCGGAGGGAACUUUUUCGAUGGAUUCAAAAUUAAGCGGGUUACACGUGGUGUUGAAAGUGAUUAGAGCUAAGGACGGAGAAAUGGCUUCUUCAUCAUCAUCAACAGCAGGACAAGCUACAGAAUCUAGCAUAGAAAUAUCACGCCUGGGAGGCAUCGAGGCCUUGAGAUUGAAGAUGGGGCCUGUGCGGAGGAACCUCUUUGGUCCUGUUGACCACCAGCAGCUGCAGGAGGACUUCCAAAGGCUCCUCUGUAUAAACUUAGAGGCGGCCAACAAGCGAUGGAACUUUGAUUUCCAGAGCGAAAUGCCAGAGAAGGGAUCCAGUAUGGAGUGGGAGGAGCUUAGGUGCCAGGAUGUUCCUGCGUUUUAUCGUAGCUGUAUGGUUAAACCAGCGUCACAUUCACUUAGGAAAAGGCGGAUGUCGACUUCAUCGCGGGAAUGCUCCUCAGGGUCCAACAGCUCUUCAGGGUCUGGGGAUGAGUUCCUGGAGGUGACCACCAGAGGGUACUAUAGGAUCAAAUUGCAAAGAAAACGCAGACAGUCUUCUAUCACAGAUUUCUUCAAGGUGAAGAAGAGCAGGCUCCUGCAUCACAAGGCACCAUCUCGACACUAGAGAAGUACUACUACAACCAACAGAGGAUCCCUUCGCGGUCCAUAAACCUCUUCAUGUCACCUCAUACAGAUAUAUUUAAUAGCUAAUGUAUAUAUGUAGCAUUUUGUACCGGACUGUCCUCAAGCUCGUGCAGCACAGGCUUAAAAACUCUUCUGACUUUCACAUACUUUUAUUUUUCACUGCAAGGAAGCUACCAUGGUCCUAGUUAAUUAUGCUCUGACUUGAGAAACGGUUUCUAAAAUAGUUAUAUAUACUCUAUAUAUGCUAUAUACUGUUAUCCUCAGCUUCUGACUAUACUGUGAAAUCAUUUUGAAUGCACUCUUAAUUACCAGAGAGCAGGCUCUAGUUUUAAGAGGUUAAUUUUCUUCUGAGCGGGCCUUGGAUAGUAUUUGAACUCAGACUUUGAUCGUUCGUCACAUCGUUCGCUAAAAGUCAUAAGAUGUUUCUUUUUUUGGUUAAAUGAGUUACUAUUCCUGGCCUCACAAAACACUUAGCCUUUAGUCUCACACUAUGACUCAGAAAGCACGAGUCAAGCCAGAGGUCAAAACCUCAUCCAGGGCUCAAAAUUUGUCAGCGUGACUGUGAUUAGCGCCAGGUUAAAGGUCAACGGUGGAGGCUUAGCAAUGAGGUAAUGGCUGUGUUUGUAUGAUAGCAGCUUAAAUUCUGAGUAAGAAGAAUGAUGUUUCUAAUGUGAGUAUUUAUUUAUAAUUCACGGUGCUAGAUCAUCGUCAAAAUAAAGAAUAGAAGUAAAAAAAACAAAAAAACAAGCAAUGUGUAAAACAAGGUUGUAUAAGGUGUUUGUGGAAACCUGUGCCAUUGCCCCUUAAUUAUGUUAGACUAUAAGUCAUUAUGGCUCAAAUACGCUCCACCGUUGCCACUCAAAAAUAAUGAGCAUAAAUAUUUGACAUCACAACAUUGCAAAAAAUGUUCAAACUUUUUUCCAUCUUUUUGCUUUGUGUUAUUUGCAUAAUUGGGUUUUAAGAAUCAAAAUCUUUUUUUGGCAACAGACCAGAACAUACCUUUUUUAGUCGUAUGUUUUUGUCAACUAUAUGCUUGUGAUUAUGUAGCAUUUUCAUUCCUUUUUUUUCCAUGUCAUGUUCUCUUUCCUCCAUGAAGGGAAUGUAGUGUUUUAUCACUCUGCUGCAGCUCAGAGGAAUCAAGAUGUUUUGAUUUCCCUGGGGGUAAAUUUAUAUUUUUUCUAAAUGAAGUGUAAAGCUGCUUCUUAUUUUCCUGUCGCUGUGCAGUCCUAUAAGUGUUUGCAUUGUGUACAUAUGCAUAGAAGUGUUCAUGAAUGAAUGUGUUGUUUUGUUUAUUUCACUGUAAGUAGUUAAAGUUGCGGCAGUUGAACCAAAGAGAAACACAAAUUAGAAACACAAUAGUGGUUCACAAAAGUCUGAAGCAUGUUCAGGUCUUUGAAUAAACACCAUAACUGAUUAACCAAUAGUUUUGGUGGCUCAAAUAGGGCAUGAAUACUUAUUUGUCCCUACCUACGGUGAUUCUAACUUUUAUAUGGAUUAAAGCCAUGCUCUAUAUUAAUCCAUUCUUACUACCUCAUCAAGCAAAACAAGUAACCUACAGAAAAACAAAAUGUUGCAUUCAAGGUUGUUUGUGUCAGAAGGGCUGAGGAAUUAUUCUGUUAUGGUAAAAGCGGUCGAGGUUCAGUGGCCUGUGUCGAGUUUCACAUCAGGUAAAAGAGUCAGUGUGUCACAGCAGAGGAAACUCCAGGGGGGAAUCAUGGUGGUUAUCUCCGCCUCUCUUCUUUUCCUCUCUUUGCUUCCCCAGAAGAAGGCAGAGCAAGGGAAUUGAGGAAGAGGGGGGAGGGGAUGGGGACAUGGGAAAAACUUUUAUUAGUGAACAUUCAAGAGAAAAUGUCUCAGAGCCAUACUGGAUCAAAGGCUUUCUCCAGCCAGACAAGUGGCCUGCUAUUCAGACACGCUUUUGUCUGCCCCCAUGAAAGUCUCUCAGCCUCUCUUUCAUGAACAAACCGCCUCAGUCUCUGCGUAGAAUCCGCCUGAAAGCUGUUGUUAAUAAUCCAGUUAACACAAUGUUGGCUUUAAAAGGCGAGCUUCACAGACUUAAAAACAGCAAACAUGACAGCUCUAGAUUGGGUAAACUUUUGCUCGUUUGUAUGUGUGUUUUUUUAUGUAUGUGCGUCUGUUUGUGAAUUUUUUUGUGUGCUCCUUUCUUUCCAGCCUGCUAAAAGGAAACUUUAUAAGUGGAUAUUAACUUAUUUUAGUUUGCAUCAUUUGUAUGUGGGGAUUUAACUCUAAAUACCCCAUGAUUUUCUAUGAAUAACUAACUGUUGUUAUUUCUGGAACUAUAUUGUUGCACUACUUUAGACAUUGUUGACAAGAGAACUAUUUUUGUAUAGUGUUCUUAAAAAACAUUAAAAAUUCAACAAGAAACUGA